AUGGGGGGCGUACAGUCGGCCAACGAUGGCCGGGAAAUCCAAACAUCCGAAAGAGAAUCCACAUCCACGCCCAUCCACACUGUCCCAAAUGGUACGGUCCCCGAAACCGGUGCCGCAAUGAAAACAGAUGACGAAUUACACGAUACGGUACCGCCAAAGGAUGACCCUGAGCAAAAAGACGACCCACAACAACAUGCACCCGACAGUGACGCUGCAGACGAUAGCGAUGAUAGCAUGACGGCAAAGUGUAGAGCACGGAAGAUGACAACCGAGUUGGCAAAAUUUCGCCGUGACCUGCAGCAGAAGCGACAGCUGCACCAAUCGAAGCUGGCGGCAGUGAAGGAUGAGCUGGAGCAUCUGCGGAACGCGUUGGCCGAGGAGAAAAGCCGCAACCGUGCAUUGAUCAAGUACGUUCAGCAGCAAGAGCAUCAGUUGGCAGAGCAGCAGACACACGGCGAGCGUUCGCCGCACGGAGAACCCGGCACAGACACAUCCACCGCGUCACCGUUGUGUGACGUGAGACGCGAAGCGUUGGAGAUCGUCGCGAAUGGUGAGAAUGCGCUGGAACCGGCCGUACGAGUGAACGCGGAAGCUGCGGUAGAUGAACCGCGAGAUCCGAGUUCAUCGGCCCGCGGACAAAGCGUCGAACGAGCGGAUGACGAACGGUUGGCGUUGAAGAGAGAGCUGGCUGAGUCACAGCACGCGCUACAGUCCACAACCGGUGAGCUGCUCGAGCUGCGCCACGAGUUGGCUCAGUUGAAAGCGCAGCUUCGCGCGCAACAGGACGAAGCAUUGGCGGACAGCUCGCGACAAAGCAGUGCAGCUCGGACACUGAAAGCGGAACUGGCCGAGACGCAGUUCCGACUGCAGAUUUCCCAGGCGGAGGCACUAUCACUGCAAACGGAUGUCGAUCAGCUGCGGAAUCAGGUGAAAUCGCUCAAGGACGUCAUAAAGGCUGGAAAGGAGAUUAUCGCAAUACGGGAGGAUCAAGUAGAGCAGCUGAAAGGAAAACUGCGCCAGAUUGAGGACACUUUGCAGGAGCGCGAAUUGCAAAUUAUGUCCGACGAUCUCCGUCGGGAGUAUGAUCGACAGCUGACAAACAUUCGCAACCUAAGAGAUCUAUACGAGGAGCGCGAACGUGUCUCGAGAAUGGAGCGUGACAAUUUGGUCCGCCAGUUGGAUCUGAAGAAGAACGAACUCGCGACCGAGCAGGAAAAAAAUAAAAAUCUGGAAGCAUUGAUGGAUAGUUUGCAAACGGAUCUUACCCGGUUGCGGACGGAACUGGAGCUGACGCAAGAGAAACUGUCUCAAUCGCAAGCCGAAUCGAAGCAACUGCAGCUCGAGAUGGGAGUUGUCAAUCAGUUCAUUUCAAAGUUCCUGCUCGGCAUGAGCCGCAAGCCGACCGUGAGCGAUGUUAAUAUCGACAAGUUGGCCGCAGUGCUGGAAGAGAACCGAGAUCUGCUGAUCGAGAUGACGAAGGACGAAGCGGAAACCAUCGACACGGGAGCGUUCCUGCCGCGUGCCCUCUACGAUCUAAUCACGGAAGUGGACGAAGCGAACGAACGGACCGAAACGGAUGGGACGGAACAGGACGAACCGGACGCGAGCGGUGAGGAGGAGUUUACUGAUGUGCAGAAGGCAUCCCCGGAACAGAUUGCUGACAAGUUGCCAAAAGUCUGGCGGGUGUUGAUUGAGCUGGUGAACCAUCAGGAACGAGCGCAGCCGGUUCCGUUUGUGGAAGGGGGCGAGAGCGAAGAAUGUCUCAAGUCGGUGCAGACGCGAAACGGACCGAAAACGGUCGUUAGCGUUAGCAAGACGUACAUCAAGCUGAAGGAUUUGAUACUGGAGAAGAAGUCCCUUAAGAAGGAAACCAACCGACUGCGGACACUGAACUCCCAUCUGGAGCGGAGGCUCGAUUCGCAGGAGAAACGACUCAGUGCUGUGAGUUUGGAACUGACAAAGACUUGGCAUCUGGUGGGAAAAAUGCAGCGCCAGCAUCGUCAGUUACAUACGCAGGAACAAAUAUUACGCUAUCAUCUGCAGCAGAAGCGCCGACUGCUUAGCGAACUCAAAGAAGAGCUUGAAUACUGCCGGCUGAAAUGGUCGGCCGCACGAGAGAAAAACAUCGAGUCCGAAGAUCAGUGGAAGUCCCUAAAGGCGGACUUUGCCGCACGCCGAAAGCAAGACUCGCUGAAUAACUCGGGCGAAAGUGGAUACAGUGAUGAACAGCCGUCCGAUGAGGAGGAGGACUCGAAACGGAAGUCAAGUUUGGCUAAUCAGCAGUCCCCGGUCUACAGUGGAGCAUUGGAGUCGGACAAAUGGAACCAGACGGUUGGACGAUUGGAUAAAUGUUUUGUUGGUAGGUCGGUAUCGAAUAUCUACCAUCUCGCCAUCGCAAGUGUGUUGCGAAGGGCGCACAGCGAGUCCGAUAUGAAAUCGCUGGAGAAUGUCGAACGAGCAAACCAGUUUUGCAAUGAAAAGAUCGAAGACUUACCCAUCUUCCCGUACGAGGAAGAUGAGGCGGGCCCAGAACCGGAGGAAAUUCCUGUGGUAUUGCGAAAGAAGCGUAGGUCGGCCUCGAAAAAGGGCAAGAAAAGGCACAAUGAUGCGGGUCAGAAGGAAUCGGCCCAGGAUAUGUUUCUCCGAUUGAUGAACCUAGCCGAGGCAGGGCAGGAAGUGGUGGAAGACGACGAAGAUGGUGAGGACGAUGAUGGCGAGGAGCAGGACUUUGAGCGAACCGGCACCGGGAACGACAAUGCCGAGGGCGAGUACAGCGAGAACGAAAGUGCAAGUGAGCUGAGUGAGGAGGAGCUGGAAUGUUUGGAGUUGGCCGUAAUGGACGAACGUGCCGAAUCGUCGGUCACGCAGCAACGCCUCGAAGGACCGGAUGCAUCGUCACACCCCGACGCCGACCGGGAGCUAUCGAGUGAGGAACUGUUCCAACGGAAACGGGAAGCACGUUUGCAAAGAAUGGCCGAACUCAAUUCCAGGUUGGACCGAUACUCGUCACCAACGCCGUCGGCAUCUCCUGCGGAAGAUCCACAAGCAGCACAGCACGAAGGAACGGGCAGCACCGGAGAUAAACCCGACGACCAGGUAGUGCUGAGCGAGGACGAACAGAAAUACCUGCAGAGACGGGCCGAACGGCUGGAGCGGCUUGAGCGCGAAGCGAAAGAGUUCCGCAAUAGGCUUUCGAAAACGGUCCACCGGGGUAGCGAAAUAGCGGCACAGAUCGAUGAGAUCCACAACGGGUUCAUGGCCCGGCAAUCGGAACCAUCUCCCGUGCCCGGUUGCUCAGGUGAGGCACAAACGAGCCCCACGGUCGAUCUGUCCAGUCUCACCGACAAAGAACGAGAGUACACGUCGGCACGGGCCGAGCGGCUUGAACGGCUCGAGAACGAAAGUCAAAAGUUGCUGAGGCAAAUGAAUCAAACAGUGCGUCGGGGCAGUAGUCUCACGACGAAGCUUGACAUGCUGCACAGUCGGUACGGUUCCCCGGCGACUAAUGAACCGGAAGCAAGCGUCGAAACCAACGGCUCAGAACAAACGAAGCCGGGCGAUGAAUCUGUACCAAUAGAGCCUUGCGCACCAGCAGCGGUGGAGUUGCCAGUUCAGCAGGAAAGCGCCGUGGAGCAGGAGCCACAAGAUUACACCGUAGCUGGACCUUACAUGCCCAUGGGACCAAUAGAGCUAGUGCUUGUGUCGGACGAGGAAGUCAUGGAGGAAGUAAGCAACCUUUUGGCAGAUGAAAACGCUUCACUGCACGAUUCGGAAACAUCCAGUGAAAAUCCUGAACAGUCUUAG